GAGGAGCAGGGAGGAUCUGCCGGGUCAACAUGCUUCUGGAAGAGGUCAGCGCGGGGGACCGGCUGAGUGGCGCUGCAGCCCGCGGCGACGUGCGGGAGGUGCGCCGCCUUCUGCAUCGCGAGCUCGUGCACCCCGAUGCCCUGAAUCGCUUUGGCAAGACGGCGUUGCAGGUUAUGAUGUUUGGUAGCCCCACCAUCGCCCUUGAACUCCUGAAGCAAGGCGCCAGCCCCAAUGUCCAGGAUGCUUCGGGUACUAGUCCAGUCCAUGAUGCAGCCCGCACUGGAUUCCUGGAUACUCUGAAAGUCCUCGUGGAACAUGGAGCUGACAUCAAUGUCCCUGAUGUCACUGGAGCGCUCCCUAUCCACCUGGCAGUUCAAGAAGGCCACGGCAGUGUGGUCAGCUUCUUGGCUCCUGAGUCCAACCUCCAUCAUAGAGACACCAGGGGACUCACACCCCUGGAGCUAGCCCAGCAGAGAGGAGCUCAGGACCUCAUGGAAAUCCUGCAGGGAAACAUGGUGAUCCCUCUGUGACCCAGAACCACUGUGUCCAGCAAGAGACCCUCCCUGGGUUACAUGUCAACAGAGGAAGAAACUCUCCUCCUUCCUGCUCACUGCAGUGGGAGGGCCAAGUUUGUGACUUAUUGGUGUUGAUUUCUGGAGUGAAUGUGUUUGAGGAAAGUUUCUUUUUUUUUUUUUUCCACCCCUUUUGGAGUGUUGAAGAAGAAGGGGCUCCUUACAGGCAUCAGCCAUCUAAACGGUUCAGUUUCCUCUGCACCUUAGCUGGGGCUACAAGACAAGACUUUAGUGCAGAGUAUUUAAAACCCUAGCCUCAGAGUGAGGUCAUCAUCUUCCCUGGGCUCCUGGAACCUGGUGACCUUGGCUGGCUGUGCUAAGAGAGCCCUGAAGUGUGCACGCAUGCUUUGUGCAUGGGAAGCGGGAGGGGAAGUGUUUGAAAUAAUAAAACAGCAUCAGUUCAGUUUUCUCCGAAGCUUGUUUUCCAGUCUCGUAUAUAGCGUUUGAAAAAAAAUCUAUUUAUUAAGCUUUUUGGAAAAAAUUGUGUGUGAUAACUUAAUGUUUUGACCCAUUAAAUUAAAACUUAUGAAUGAUCGCA